UUUUUUGUGACGUGAGAGUGUCGACGGGUGUGGAGAUUACGUGUGUGUUACGACGCUUUGGCUGUUCUUGGUGGUUUGUCGCUUCACUGUAGGCACUUGUUGCUCUAUCUGGAUUUUCGAGGUUGUUGAUUGUAGUCUUUGUAUAGUGCGUGGCGUGGAGAUCAUCGAAGGUUCCUGUGGUGGAAUAUUUAGUAGCGUGGGGACUGGGAAUACGUGCGGUGCAUCCAAUUAAGAAUCUGAAGCUUUUAGUAGCCAAAUCUUCAACAUCAGUAGCUGUUCGCAAUGUCGGGUUACGUAGGAGGGGGCGGGGGUGGCCGAUAUCACGAUGGGGGAGGUUCAGGGGGUGCGAUAGGUGAUCGAGGAGGCCCGCGGGGUGGGGGUGGAGGUGGUCAGCGUGGUGGCUUUCGCGAUGGAGGCGCAGGAGGGAGAGGAGGUUAUGGAGGUGGUGGUGGAGGGUACGGUGGAGGUGGAGUCCAUGGUGGCUAUGGCGGCGGCGGCGGAGGGUUCGAUCGGGGAGGCCCACGAGGGGGUGGAGGCGGGGACAGAAGCGGGGACUGGACAUGCCCCAACGUUACCUGCGGCAACGUGAAUUUUGCGCGAAGGAUGGAAUGCAACAAGUGUCAAGCUCCAAAGCCUCAAUCUACUGGGGGCGGAGGAGGUGGUGGUGGUGGAUAUGGAGGGGAACAGGGCGGAGGAAGCUACGGUGGAAGACAGGGUGGUGGGAACAGUUAUGAUGAGCCUGGUCAUGGUGGAUACGGCGGGAGAGGUUACGACCGAGAGCAGGGUAGAUCACACGAAAGCAGGGGAGGAGGAGGAGGAGGAGGAUACGGAGCUCAGUCAAGAGAAGAAAGCAAGGAUGCAGUGGAUGUUCCAGUGAAGCAAUGUGAUGAAAACUGCGGCGAUAGUUGCGAUAAUGCAAGAAUUUAUAUUUCAGGGUUGCCUCUAGAUGUGAAGGAAGACGAACUGCGAGAGCUUUUCGGCGGUAUUGGACAGGUUGCAAGAAUUAAACAAAAGCGUGGGUACAAAGAUCAGUGGCCGUACAACAUCAAGAUAUAUCAAGAUGAAAGUGGAAAGAAUAAGGGAGAUGCAGUGUUGAGCUAUGAAGAUCCACACGCCGCGCACUCGGCGGGAGGCUUUUUUAAUGAUUACGAAAUGAGAGGGCACAAAAUAAAAGUUGCUAUGGCAGCAAAAUCAGCCCCGAAGCCGCCUCCCCCGAGCGGGGGUGGAUAUCGCGGCGGGCACCGUGGCGGUGGUGGCCCUGACAGACGUGAUGGUGGUGGUUAUCGGCCUCGUCCUUACUGAGUGGGAGGCAGAGGGGUGGCUGGAAUGGAAUCCUUUGGUGCACCUAGUAUCUUUGAGUACGAAUCUUGUAUGAAGCAAUUGGAGUAGGUGGAAGAAGGGGAUGCGAGGCGCUUUGAGGUUCUGGGAUUACAUUUCCUGGUGCAAUUCAGGAGUGGAAAUAGCAAUGUGUUCAGGCAAGUAAAAAAAAAUGGCGUGUGUUAAGCGGGGGGAAAGAGUGCGAGCAUAUCUAAUGCAUUUUUUUCGGGUGAUCAAGGUAUUGUGCUACAAAAUGUGUUCGAUGCUGCGGGCGUCGUAGUCGCAGCUGCUUGAUUCAAUAAUGUUCGCUCUGCGAGAGAUACGGGUUCUAGCUUGAAGUGUAUGUGUAACGUUGGUCAUUCCUCGGCACUCGUGAUCUCAAGCCACCUUCGUCACCUGUCGGCUCAUCCUAACUUAACAGCUCUUUAUUGUCACGAAACCUUCUGUCAGAAAUGUGGUGAGCUGGCGUGGGGUGUUUAAGUAGUGACACUUCGUAUGAGUUGUGCGGGGUAACUGACCUUGUCAUUGUGCAGGUUUCUUAGGUAUGGUGAGAUUGUAGGAAAUGAAGAAAAGACAUUAGGAGAACUUCAUUCUUGCUUUCAAGUGCAGAAAAGAAUGGUUUUAUUCUACAUAUAGUAAUAUACAUUUCAUUGAAAUUUGGUUUCCUACAGUUGCGGAACUGGGUGCCCGUUCCUUUACUUGCCAGAGAAGGCAAAUGGUUGUGGAAUGGAUGCUAUAAAAGAGCCAGAUGACGAUAUCUGCAAUCGUGUUGAUAAUAGUACCAUAGCAUGAACGGAAAGAAAUUUUCCGGGAAGCAAUGGGGAAUGUUAUGUUUCGGAGUUUUGAACAACUCAAAUUAGUGUGAUGGAUGUUAAAAACCUCUGAUCAUUUAAUCCAACAAUUACUCCGAUGA